CAAAAAGUCUUCAAAACGCCGCGUUCUCCCUGCCCCCGCAUGAAUCAAAUCUCAACGCCGUAGAAAUUUCAAUGCUAUUCCUCCACAUCACCAUUCUCUCUGCACUGCAACGCCGUAGAAAUUUCACUUCGCUCCUCUGAGCUCGCCGGAUCUCCCUCCUAGAUCUCGGCCUCCGCCGCAACCCCUUCCUCCUCUUCGUUUCGUUUCAAAGAUCCGAGCUUUUCUACAUGUCGGUGAUGUACAACUCUUCCAUAACUCUACAUUUUAAUCGAUUCAGUUGACGUUUAAUGCAUUAAUUUCAAACGCAAAUAGAAGAUCGGCAUAAUCUUCAAAACCCAUAUCUCAGAUUUCUCUAUGAAGUGCUCACCUUUUCGAUUUCAUUCACUUGCCUCUGUUAGUGUAGCCUUUCACUGUACAUAUAGCUCUUGAAAUUUUGAAAUCUGCUUAUUUUUUUGCUCUGAAUUCGAAUUGGGUAUUUUAGUUUGUGACAAUGUCUGCGAUUAGAGUCGAUUCCGCUAAGCCGUAUUUCGCUACGAGCAGUCUGGUGAUUGGGUAUGCUCUCUGUUCUAGCUUGUUAGCUGUGAUAAACAAGUUUGCCAUUACCAAAUUCAACUACCCUGGCCUUUUGACUGCAUUGCAGUACCUUACAUCUGCUUUGGGAGUUUGGGGUUUGGGAAAGUCUGGAUUUUUGCACCACGAUCCCUUCACAUGGCAGACGGCCAAGAAGUUUUUGCCCGCUGCACUUGUGUUUUACCUUGCUAUCUUUACCAACACCAAUCUUCUUCGCCAUGCGAAUGUGGAUACGUUUAUAGUGUUUAGAUCAUGCACGCCCCUUUUGGUUGCGCUGGCGGAUACUGCUUUUAGGAAGCAGCCAAUCCCAUCUAAGCUUACCUUUGUAUCGUUGUUGAUCAUUUUGGGUGGAGCUGUUGGUUAUGUGGCCACUGAUUCGGGUUUUACUUUGACUGCUUAUUCUUGGGCGUUUGCCUAUUUGGUGACCAUUACAACUGAGAUGGUUUACAUUAAGCAUAUGGUCACGAAUCUCGGGUUGAACACUUGGGGUUUUGUGUUGUACAACAAUCUUUUGUCACUAAUGAUGGCUCCACCGUUUUGGAUUAUUACUGGAGAGUAUUCUGAUGUGUUUGCUGCUUUGGGAUCGAAUGCUGCGAAUUUCUUUGAACCUGGUGCACUUUUUGCGGUCUCAUUGUCGUGUGUGUUUGGAUUGCUCAUCAGUUUCUUUGGGUUUGCAGCAAGGAAGGCAAUCUCUGCUACCGCAUUCACAGUGACUGGUGUUGUGAAUAAGUUUCUUACAGUUGCCAUCAAUGUGCUAAUUUGGGAUAAGCAUGCCAGUCCAUUCGGUUUGCUCUGCCUCCUCUUAACAAUCGUAGGGGGUGUUCUUUAUCAGCAGUCUGUAACUGGAGUAAGCAGCACUCCGUCACAGCGGGAAACGACAGUGUCUAAACAGCCUCUCAGUGAGGAUGAUGGGUGAUGAAUUUUCCAAAGAAAAUCAAGGGAAGGCAGCCUCCGGUAAACUUGCUUCUAAAUGAGAAUUCCGUUCAUACUUUGGCAUUUUGUAGCUGCUGGUGAAGCUGCAGUGCAUGUUUGAAAUUUUAAUUUUGGCAUUAGUAAAUUAGGAAAUUUCUGUAUUUGAUCUCGACAAUUAAUAAUUAUGUUAUUAGACUCUGACAAUGCCAUAGUUUUUACCUCGGAAUUAUGUCGUGUCUAAUUCGUUUCUGUUGACAAUGAAUUUUGUUUGCUUGGUAAAGUUAACGUGUCAAAUCUUCAUUUUCGAUUUA